AUGGUGGAGAGGAAGGGGAACACUUUCAUGGUCGGCAACGAGCCGUUCUACAUGAACGGGUUUAACACUUACUGGCUGAUGAUCCUCGCCGUCGAUCAGUCCACUCGAGGGAAGGUCAGCGAGGUCCUCCGACAAGCUUCCUCAGUCGGCCUUACAGUUUGCCGGACCUGGGCUUUCAACGACGGCGGGUGGCGGGCGCUCCAGAAAUCUCCCGGCGUCUACGACGAAGAGGUGUUCAAGGUAAUAAAGAACUACGAUAGUCGCUCUGUUCGUUCCUACGUUGUUGGAGUAGCUCUGAAGAUCCCCAGAGUGUGUGUGAGAGAGAGGGUCCGCCGUAGCCGUCGGUAUCUUCGCGCAUGACGACAGACCGUCUUUGCUUCUCACAGGCUCUGGACUUCGUGGUCAGUGAAGCGAGGAAGCACAAGAUCAGGUUCAUACUCUCGCUCUGCAACAACUGGGAAGGGUACGGGGGGAAGACACAGUACGUGAGAUGGGGGAGAGGGGCCGGACUCAAUCUGACCUCCGACGACGACUUCUUCUCGGACCCCACUGUGAAGGGCUACUUCAGAUCUCACGUCGAGGUGAGCAUCUUUUUUUCUCCUAACGCGCCAUUAGCGGCGAGCGAGUGCCGGAGAAGGCUCAUCGUGAUACGUGGAUGCUCGCCUGCAGGCCGUGCUCAACAGGGUGAACACGGUCACCAACGUGACCUACAAGGAGGACCCGACCAUCUUCGCCUGGGAGCUGAUGAACGAGCCGCGGUGCCCGUCAGAUCCCUCCGGCGACAAGCUGCAGAGCUGGAUUCAGGAGAUGGCCGCGCACGUCAAGUCCAUCGACCCCCGCCAUCUCCUGGAGAUCGGAUCGGAAGGGUUCUACGGCCCGUCGUCCCCAGAUCGCCAGCGGCUCAACCCCAACUCCUUCGCCGGGCAAGCAGGCACCGACUUCCUCAGGAAUCAUAGGGCCUUGGGCAUCGACUUCGCCUCCGCCCACAUGUACCCCGACGCCUGGUGAGCUCUCCCUCCAUCCGCCGGAGCCCCUCUGGGCGGCGCCACCACCGGAAGAUUCUAAGUCUCCUUGUCGCCCCAUGAAGGUUGCCCAGUACGUCCUCCGACGGGCAGCUCCAGUUCGCGGCGGCGUGGAUGCAGGGCCACAUAAACGAUGCGGAGGAGCUGGGCAUGCCCGUCGUCUUUGCUGAGUUCGGCGUCUCCGCCAAUGGCGGCCAGUUGAACCAGUCCUUCCGGGACGCCUUCAUCGAGGUCGUCUACGAGACGCUGCUCAACUCCACGCGCAGAGGGGGCUCUGGCGCCGGCUGUCUCCUCUGGCAGCUCUUCCCCGAGGGCGUGGACUACAUGGACGACGGCUACGCGGUGGUUCUGCCUGAAUCGCCCGCCACAGCGAGCGUGCUCUCCCGCCAGUCCUGGCGCCUGCAGACCUUCAACGCCAAGUGUUCCUGGAAAUGCCGCUGGGUAUGCAGGAAGAAGGACGAGAAUCCCCCCGAACAGGAAGAUGAACACUCACAACACACUUCGUGGGAUCCCCUCGAUGUGGAAUCAGAGAGGAAGAGAUAA